AUGAGUUUUAAUAAUAAUAAUGGCGGUAACAAUGUUGUGCAGCAACAGCAGCAGCAGCAAUCACAGCAGUCACAGCAGCAGCAGCACCUUUUCAUGAACCCACAAACCGAGAAUCUCCAACAGUUAUACACUUUGGUCCAGGAGCUUGUAGAACAAAUAAAUCAGAACAAAAAACAAAAGGCACAAAUUUUAAACAAAAUUGAUACAUUAUCAAAUCACAUAAACAGAGAACCUGAAAAGAUUAAAGAAAAUUAUAAGAAGGAUAUCAUUGAAUUCAACAAUUUUCUUGAUAUGAAAAUUGGUUCCUAUUCAUCUCAAGGUCACAGUAUUAAAGGAAUACAUAAGGUUACGGAGAAUGGAGACUCUGAUAAGGAUGGUGUAGAAAUUCUGAAACUGCAAAAUAAGAAAUUAAAAGAAUUGCUGGAGAGUGAACAACGAGAAACGUUGCGUAGUUUCGAAAUCCUUGGACUUCAUGAGGAAGGGUUUCAUAAAAUAGUAGGAGCCCUACGUUCAGAUAUAAUAAAUUACAGAAAGGCUGUGUUAGCUAUGGUAUCUGGUAAGUUCCAAAAUGAAGUUAUCCCGAAGGAAAAUACGGAAUUUGAGGUGUAUAUGGAUAACAUUGAUGAUUUUCAAAAAUUGCUGAAGAUAUCCGAGCUAUACAGGACAAUACUGAAGAUUUUGAAUUCGAACGCAUAA